GUUGAUGACUUGCAUCCCAUUAUACAUCAAACCUUUUCUUAUGUUAUAUAUAUAUAUAUACUCAGUUACUCAUAUACAUUGACAUACAACAUGUACAAAUUUCUCCGUUAAUGGAAAAAUACUGAUUCAUUCGUCUUUUUCUAUUAUACACCCAACAAUGGUCUCGUUCCGUAUCGUCCUUCUUAUCUUUCUCUUCGCCCUUAUUGCUAUUGUUGGAUCCACAGUUGGGGAACAAGGCUGUGGUUCAUCUCCGAGCCGGGAAGAUUUAUACGACGAACAGACGCGACAAAAUUUGGACAAUGGGGACAAGUUUAAUAGGAUCACACUCGACUGCGGUGUUACCGGUGAAGGCAGCGUUGGAACCAACGGUUUCGCAACGAUCAUAGACCUAUCUGUUGGUCUCUUCUUUGUUAUUUGUGUCGCCAUUGGAAUUUGGAUUUUCUUCGUCCGAAGACAAAAGGCCAUCAACGCAGCCCUUGCCAAACCCUAUCCAGGAGAAGAGAUGGGCUAUGGAAUGGAUGUGAAGACAAAACCUGUUGCCAUGAGUGCUCCUGCUUGAAAGCUUUCAAAUGGCGACACCAAUGUUUGAUACAUACACUUGUAUUCGUAAUUACUAAUCUUUGGUUCUGAUCAUAAUCUUUUCUUUUAUUUAUUGUU